AUGGAAAGCCUUAAGAUGGAGACGGAAAUGCUUUAUCCUGAGAUAACCGUAGAAGUGGGCAGAGUCACUUUCGGAGAGGAAAACAGGAAGAGGAUGACCAAUAGCUAUUUGAAAAGAACUGAGAAUUCUAGAAUCAUCCAAGCGACGUGUGCACUGUUAAAUUCCGGAGGGGGUGUGAUCAAAGCGGAGAUUGAGGAUAAGACUUACAGUUACCGAUGCCACGGCCUGGGACAUGAUCUGGAAACUUCUUUUCAGAAGCUCCUCCCUUCAGGCUCACAGAAAUACCUUGACUACGUGCAGCAGGGACACAAUCUUAUGAUUUUUGUGAAGUCAUGGAACCCAGAUGUUUUCAGCCUAAGGAUCUGCAGCUUGCGCUCCAAUUUAUAUCAGAGAGCUGUGACUUCCACCAUCAACUUGAGUGCCCACAGCGCCCUGGAGCUCCUCCGAGAAAAACAGUCUAGAACCCAGAGAGGAAGAUCAAAGAUGCAGGAGCUACAUUCUCAGAAAGCUCUGGAUAGAUACAUGCAGGAAGAGGAAGACAUGAGGAUAAGCGCCUCAGAAUUUGUUAAAAAGGAUAAGCUCGUGUAUAAGGAGAAACUCAACUUCACUGAGUCCACACACGUCGAGUUUAAAAGGUUCACCACCAAAAAGAUCAUUCCUCGGACUAAAGAAAUGCUGCCUCAUUAUGUCUCUGCAUUUGCCAACACCCACGGGGGAUACCUAAUUAUCGGGGUGGAUGAUAAGAGCAAAGAAGUGUUCGGCUGUCAGGGAGAAAAAGUGAACCCUGACUUACUAAAAAAAGAAAUAGAAAACUGCAUAGAAAAAUUGCCUACAUUCCACUUCUGCUGUGAGAAGCCAAAGGUGAACUUCACUACCAAAAUCUUAAAUGUAUACCAAAAAGAUGUCCUGUACGGUCAUGUCUGUGUGGUCCACGUGGAGCCCUUCUGCUGUGUAGUAUUCACAGAAGCCCCCGAUUCCUGGAUCAUCAGGGACAAUUCUGUCACGAGGCUGUCUGCUGAGCAGUGGGUAACCAUGAUGCUAGAUAUUCAACCAGUGACACGGGAAAAGAUUCAAUUUAAACCAGAAUCCCUCUGUAAGAAGCUCUUCUCAGAUCAUAAAGGACUGGAGGAAUUAAUGAAGACACAGAUAUAUCCUUGUUCUCAGGGGUUUGUGAUAGUUUCCAGAAGCUGGGCUAGUGAUGUCGGCUUAAGGAAGGAGCAGUAUGUCCUCUGUGAUGCUCUCCUAAUAGCGGUGAAUAGCCCCCCAGUACUCUAUACAGUCUUAACAGACCCCACGUGGACUGGGGGGCUUUUGUAUGCCCAGAACACUGCCCGUCAGUUAAAGCAGAGACUGGGAACUGUUGGUGGUUACACGGGGAAAGUGUGUGUCAUUCCGAGGCUGGUGUACCUGCCUGGCACACAGCGCAAACCCAGCGAAAUCGCUUUGUGUUAUCCCCGACCCUACAGGCUUGCCGAUGAGGACAAAAUGGAAAAAUUGUUGCAGGCACUUAUUGUGGUCUCUCUCUGCUCUCGAUCCCUUCUGAGUGACCAACUGGGCUGUGAAUUUUCCAAUUUGCUCGUAGUGGAGCAGUGUGAGUUGCUUUCACAGAGCCUUCAGGAGACACGAGAACUGUUCGUCCACUGCUUUCCAGGAACCAGAAAGACAGUGCUGGCCAUGAAGAUCAUGGAGAAAAUUAAGGACUUGUUCCACUGCAAGCCCAAGGAGAUCCUCUAUGUUUGCGAAAGUGACGUUUUAAAGGAUUUUGUGACACAGCGAACAACCUGCCGAGCUGUGACCCGGAAAACCUUUAUGGGAGGGGAGUUCCCAAAGAUCAAGCACAUAGUGAUGGAUGAAACUGAGCAUUUCUGCAGUAAAUAUGGUGACUGGUACAUGAAGGCCAAGAGCAUCACCCACCCAAAGGUGAGGGCUGCUGGAAUUGAAAACCCACAUCACGGGAUUCUCUGGCUUUUUCUGGAUCCUUUCCAAGUCCAUCAUGGAGAUGGCAACGGCCUCCCCCCUCCAUCUGCUCAGUUUCCUCGGAAAACAAUCACCUGCGGGAUCCACUGUGCUCUGGAAAUAGCGAUGCUCAUGAAAGAAGAAAUGAAGAGGAUCAAGGAAAAUCCUCACCCCAGCGUGUCUCCAGACACACUGGCGUCAUUCAGGGAAACUUCGUAUGAGGAAGCAAUCCGUGCCCAGGCUCUGCCUGGGGUGUGUGAGACAGAGACCAACCUGACCACAGAAGAAAUUGCGAGACACGUGGCAGAAAGAUGUCACCACCUGUUCCAGUGUGGCUAUCUGCCUGGAGACAUAGCAAUUCUGUGCAGGAGAGCGGAGGACCGAGGCCGCUAUGAGCCUGCACUGCUAAGAGCAAUGGAAUUAUUUGAGACCUGCGGAGCCACAAAGGUUGUGUUCAGCCAGGCCUCUGGUGUUCUGGACGGUCACAUUGUUUUAGACAGCAUUCAGCAGUUUUCAGGCCUGGAGAGGAAUAUUGUGUUUGGGCUCAGUCCGGAGUACGCCCUGUCAGAGGAAGUUCAUAAGCUCUGUUUUGCCUCGAAAGCCAUCAAACACCUCUACCUGUUUUAUGAAAAGAGGGCAACCUUCUGAAAAUUAUUUCAAACAGUAUAGUAAGGGACAGAGAGCAGAGUCUCCCUGCCCCCCGGAAGGUGGCAGCUUCGCCCUUUCAUGUGUCAUAAGCGAAGGACAUCAAGGCUCACUCAGGAUUGCCUGGAGCCACAGAACUGUCUCCUGGCACUGGGCCACCCAGUCUAUUUGCAGUGUCACUGGUCUUUCCCACUCCUCUCCACCUCUUCCCUGGGACUUAUGAUGGGUCCCUUGCCUCUGGGUUUUCUAAUCCAAUCCAGCCUUCAUCUUGUCCAGCCACAGAGGUGUUCCUCAAAUACAGAACUGACCUUAUGACAUCCCUGCUAAUGUAUCUCCAGGGAGUCCGUGAAGUCUUCAAGCCAAACUAAUUUUCAGGGCUUCCCAGGAUAACACUCUAACUUACUUUUCCAAUGCAUCCUUUGUUAUAAGUCCAUCUCCCCGUGUUUCUAACAUACGCCCGCCUCACUGGCUUCUUUUGGAGGUGGAGUAGGGUGCCCUCCAAACAUAAAUCCAGGAGAAAGUGUGGAUACAUGCUUCUGGCCAUCAUUUAAGAUAAAGCUCAUCAGCUUUCCAAGAGGUGGGAGAACAGGUGGGUGGGGCUUAGAAAAGUGCUCUUAGCUGCCUCUCUGAACUGCGUGGGUCACCAAGUCAGCCAGUCUGAACCUGACUUCAGCUGUCCUUUUCCUGGAUUGAACAGAAGAACCUUCCUCUGCCUCCUGUUGCUCCAACUACCUACUUCUGUUUGCCUUUCCUUGGGGGCUUCAGGGUAGUUUUAGGUGGGAAAAAAAAUUCCACAAUUAAUUAGCUUCCUGUUUUCGUUUUUUGGGUUUAUUUUUGGCUGCAUCGGUUCUUAGUUGCGUCAUGCGGAAUCCUUCAUUACAGAGCACCGGACUCUCUAGUUGGCCCAC